UUUUUUGCGUACAAGUCCCGUGGCGCGCACACCGGUCCUAUAAAUAGAGAAAGCGUGGAAUCUCUAAAUUGUAAAAGCUAAGUUGUAGUAAAAGCUCUACGGAAUCUUUAUGAACCCAGCACGAAUUCGUUGCUCAAAAAUGGCGGAGGAAAUCAGAAACACCGAGAUGGGAUCAGCUGCCGCCGCCACCGCCACCGCCACUGCCACCGCAAAAUCAAGCUCUCUGUGGCCCUCUGUUCUCCGUUGGAUCCCCACCUCCACCGAUCACAUCAUUGCCGCCGAGAAGCGUCUUCUCUCUCUCGUAAAGACUCCAUAUGUUCAGGAAAAGGUUGAUAUAGGUUCUGGCCCACCUGGCUCGAAAAUCAGGUGGUUUCGUUCUAAAAGCAAUGAAUCGAGGUUUAUCAACACAGUUACAUUUGAUGCCAAGGAGGGUUCACCCACUCUUGUAAUGGUUCAUGGUUAUGGUGCUUCUCAAGGUUUCUUCUUCAGGAAUUUCGAUGCUCUUGCCAAACGUUUUCGGGUCAUUGCUAUUGAUCAGCUUGGAUGGGGUGGAUCAAGCAGGCCCGACUUUACAUGUAAAAGCACUGAAGAAACUGAGACAUGGUUCAUUGACUCCUUUGAGGAAUGGCGGAAAGCCAAAAACCUCAGCAACUUUAUACUACUCGGGCAUUCAUUUGGAGGCUAUGUUGCAGCUAAAUAUGCUCUUAAGCAUCCAGAGCAUGUUCAACACCUGAUUCUAGUUGGACCUGCUGGUUUUUCAUCAGAUUCUGAUCCCAAGUACGAGACAAUCACCCGGUUCAGAGCAACAUGGAAAGGAGCAAUUCUGAACCAUUUGUGGGAGUCUAAUUUUACUCCAAUGAAAAUUGUUAGAGGUUUAGGCCCUUGGGGUCCAAAUAUUGUUCGCAGGUACACAAGUGCUAGAUUUGGUACAUAUGCAACUGGUGACACACUAACUGAAGAUGAAUCCAGAUUGCUGACAGAUUAUGUGUACCACACUUUAGCGGCCAAAGGUAGUGGAGAACUGUGCUUAAAAUACAUAUUUUCCUUUGGCGCAUUUACUCGGAUGCCCCUCCUAAACAGUGCCUCGGAGUGGAAAGUGCCAACUACUUUCAUUUAUGGCUUCCAAGAUUGGAUGAAUUAUGAAGGGGCAAUGGAAGCUCGCAAGCAGAUGAAGGUCCCUUGUGAAAUCAUUCGGGUUCCGCAGGCUGGACACUUUGUGUUCAUAGACAACCCAAACGGUUUCCAUUCAGCUGUUUUGCAUGCUUGCCGCAAAUUUCUCUCACCUGAUCCUGAUUCUGAUUUUGAUUCAUUGCCUGAAGGUUUGUCAUCAGCCUAAAGGAAAGAUAGUUGUAAUGUUAUUCUGUUGUAUAAAUAUAAAUUCUUCUUAUAGUUACAUAUAGAACGUUCAUAUUUCAUUGCUAAAAAUCUUUUGAUUCUUUGAAGUGUAUCUGAUUAAAAUCUUGUGGACAUAUCUGCCUAUGGGUAGUGUAUGCGUUUUGUACAGUAAAAGUAAAGAAAAACGAUGAGGCAGUUUUACUUCGUCGUUAACACUCCCUUUAA